AUGCAACGUACAAAACGUUCACCAUUAAUGGAAUUGGUAAUUCUAAAAAAGCUCUGUGAUCAUCCGCGUCUUUUGUCCACUGAACAAUGUUUAAAUCUUAAUUUAAAUUAUGAUGAUGGCAAUGGUAAAGGUGAUAAUUUUCAUAUUGAUGAAAUUGUUUCACAUAAAAUACAUUUUCCACCAUCAGAACAACUGAUUAAAGAAUCUGGGAAGUUCUUGUUUCUUCAUUGUUUGAUGAAACAGUUUUUGCUUGAAUUACAAUCGAAUCCACAAAGAGAUUCACCGCGCACGUUGAUAUUUUCACAAAGUAUAAAAUUUCUUGAUAUGGCUGAAAAAGUCAUUCUAGAUAUAAAAUGUCCUGUUAAUAAUUAUACAUUUAAUGACAAUUUGCACUGUCCUACGCAACAUCGUAUUUUACGAUUAGAUGGUCGUACUUCAAAAGUAUGCGAUCGUCUAAGCAUAAUUAAUAAAUUUCAAAAUGAUAAAUCUUAUACAGUUAUGCUGUUAACUACUCAAGUUGGUGGUGUUGGACUGACAAUUACAUCAGCUAAUCGUGUUAUCAUUCUCGAUCCAAGUUGGAAUCCAGCUGUAGACUCACAAGCUGUAGAUCGUGCGUACAGAAUAGGUCAAAAAUUAGAUGUAGUUGUAUACCGACUGAUUACUUGUGCAACUGUCGAAGAAAAGAUUUAUCGUCGUCAAAUAUUCAAAGAUUCCGUAAUUCGCCAGACAACGUCGACAGGCCAAAACAAAACGGACUUAGAUCCUUACCGGUAUUUCAGUCGCCAAGAGCUGGUUGAAUUAUUUAGUCUCGGAGACACACGUAUUUCUGAAACUAAACGGCAGCUAGACAUAUUACACGAUGGUUCAGAUAGAUGGUCUGAUAGUUCCAUUAGCCCACAUUUAAAAUUCCUUAGUAGUGAUGCACUAAAGCAUGUUGUUUAUGGUUUAUCGUUUCAUGAUUUAAUGUUUAGUAAGGAAUCUAUUAACGAAGGAGCUAUUGAUACGGAUCAUGAGAAAUUAUACGUUAUGAAUCGUUGUGUUGCAGCUGAACGUGCCAUAGCUGAAGAAUGUGCUGUUGAAGGAAGAGUAAUUGGAAAAGAAAUGCCAGCAGUCACAAUGACACAAGCAGAAAGUACUGUAAAAUCAUUGCCAACACAUUUAGCAAAUCUUAAUUUACAAAAUAAAUUACCACCUUCCAGUUACCACAAUCAUGACAAUCGUUUUAAUAAUCAUGUACCAUUAGAUCAAUUGUUCAAGCCUUCCAAGUCUGACACUCAUAGACCAAUGUUCAACAGACCAGUAACAUCAUUUAACAAUCCACACACUAACAUCAUUUACACUUCAUCUAAUAUUGAAAAUCAUAGUGAAAAUAUAAGUCCCAAUUCAAAUAUACCAUUAGUAUGCACCACUGCUGAGCAUCAAUCAGUUGAUCGAAUUAGUUCUGUAAACGCGUACGGGGUAAAUGAACCCCUCUCGCCAAAGCUAGGACGUCAGUUACAAGAUGUUACUGAAGUUGUAGAAGUACAGAAGAAGAAUGAUAAUGGAUCUCUGGAAAUCAGGAAUUCUCCAAUUGAUGAUCUAUCGGAUAAUGAGUGCCUCGAUACACCUCCUAGUGCACCAGUUGCUGAUAUAGAAUGCAUAACUAUAGAGGAUUCAAUUACGCAAAGUUUGCGAGAAAUAAGUAUAACUCAGAAAACUCCAUCAAGAUCUCAUGAUAAUGAGAAAACUAACAAAGGAUCAAAUAUUUUAAAAACUCCACUUCAUCAUCUUCGAACUUCGUUAAAUUCGAGGUCAUCAUUUGCACCAUUCAAUUCAAAUUUUUAUCGUUCUACUCCAUUAUCUUCAAGGAAGUCAACAAAAAUUCCUCCUAAGGAACACUUUGAACAGUGUGGACAGGAAUUAAACGAAAAUCUCGGUGACGUCAAAUCACCAACAGAUUUUGAUCCUGCUCAGAAUUAUAUACAUAUGGAUAUUAGUAUGGACAUAAACGAAGAUGAUUUAGCUAAUACAGUAGAUAUGAAGUCAAUUCAGCAGGUACUUGCAAAAUCUGGUAUUUUGAAUUCUACUGAUUUAAACAAUAUAAAUGAAACUGGAGGAGGUGAAUCCAUAUCAAAUUCAAUUGAAAUCCAUAAAUCUUCCACUGAACAAGAACUUAAUUCAGUUUCGGAAGAAAAUGAUUUGACUAAAUCUUUAAGUGAUUCUGAAGUUGCCAUGGACUCUUACAUAAAUCGUCAGUCUGUCGAGAAGACGCAUAUUGACGAUACUGAUAUUAUUGAAUCUAGUUUCUGA